AUGUUCGGCAAGCUUUCGUCAAUUGCUGUUCUCGCCGCAUGCGUGACCAGUGCAGUAUCCGAAGAAACCGAGUUCAAGCUCUUUGCCUAUGGAAAACUCGCCUCGUCAGGCCUGCAGCUGUUCUACGGCGACGGCCAAGCAUACGUCGGUGGCACUCCAUCCUAUGUCAAGGAGUCGGUGAACAUCUCCCUGGUUAUGGCCGAUGGUGGCGACAAAUUUGUGGCUAAGGCCAACACCACGGCAUCUGCAUGGUCAACCGACCCCACGAUGUAUGUUGACCUUACAGAGGGAGCUACGAACCCUAUAGGCUUUACCCAGGACAAUGAGACGCUUCCAAGUGGCGCGUCUUCCGUUGGUUUCGGUCUCUACGGAGGGUGGGCGUUUCACAAGAAUGACGACGCGGACAUCGAAAUGAAGUUCCUUGCUACACCAACAAAUGAGACUGGUGUUUACUUGGUUAAGUGGAAUGCUGCAUCCACGAAAGUAAGCGAUGCCAUUCCGAUAUCGCUGCGCACUCAGGCCCCGGUUGCGCUUGACGACAAAUAG